CGCUGGGCGGCCUUUUCCUCCGGGUUCCAUUUCCCAAAGAGCGUUGGCGCGCGGCUGCCUGUUUCGGGCUGGCGUCCUAACCUCUCGCGCAUCAUGACGGACCGUUACACGAUUCACAGCCAGUUGGAGCACCUGCAGUCCAAAUACAUCGGGACCGGCCAUGCCGACACCACCAAGUGGGAGUGGCUGGUGAACCAGCACCGGGACUCCUAUUGCUCCUACAUGGGCCAUUUCGACCUGCUCAACUACUUCGCCGUCGCCGAGAACGAAAGCAAGGCCCGCGUCCGCUUCAACCUCAUGGAGAAGAUGCUGCAACCCUGCGGGCCGCCCGCCGACAAGCCCGACGAGUCUUAAGCUUUGCAGCCCUGCAGCCCUCCCCGAACGAGGAAGGAAGGA